AUGGAUCUCCAAACGCAGCUGGAGCCAAGGCUCCUCUUACAAAAGGCACCACCCGCCAUCGCUCGUCAUUUUCAAGAUCUGAUCAAAUCUGAAAGCGCGGAUAUCUACGCAAUCAACACACAUCUGCUUUCUCAAGUCCACGGUGAAUCCAUCCCCCUGAUCAUCUACGAGAUCUGGUUCCCUCUGGCGAUAAAGCAUGCCCCUGAACUCCUCCAUGGCGCACUCACGGAUCGCAUCUCCUGCGGCGUCCGCAAGACAAGUAUGCACGCCCUACGACGCAUGUUCCACAGUAGGAAAUGGAAGGAGACGUGGGAUUCCCUCGGUGGCGCGGCCGGCAUCAAAGAGAUCAUUGACAAUCUCGCGCUGAGCGAAGUGAAACAGCUGGCAUUAGUUAUUACCGCCAUUGGAUACCAGGGCUCUUGCGAGGUGAUCUGGACUUCCGUGGAGAAGCUGCUUCAUCUCGUGGCCGAGUCGGAUCGCAUCACUGGUCGGUCGAUAUCGCCUACUCUUGCCCCGUUAAUCCAGCUUUGCAGCGAGAGUUACGUGCUUGCGUAUCUGGAGCGACAAGGCCCACGGGGCGACUUGCGUCUGGCAGAAAUAGGGCGUUUCCAUUUGGAUCUCCUGCGGAGGAUGAGCGUGGGAACGGUUGAAGUCUCGGAAGAUCUGCGCGUUCAAGUCUUCUCGUCCCAGAUGAAAGACCUCGUGCGCUCGCAGCAGGAGUAUGAACCAGUACAUCUCCCCCCAGAUAUGCCUGCCGACGUUCACCCUGGCAUGGCGUUUUGUCUCGACAUGGUUCACGCCGUUUCCGCAAACGCUAGCUUCAAAAACCGGAUAGGUACAACUGUAGCGAUCUCGAUCCAGGCUACGCUGAAACUGGCGACGAAAAAAGGGUGUUCCUUGGACCAUGUACUGAAGUUUCUCAAACACGUCUUGCCGGCUUAUUUUGAGCAUCGUGAGAAGGGCAGGCCAGAUCCACUUCGGCACGAGAUCCUCAGAUGGUGGUCUAUUGCUCGCGCGGAAAAUAUUCCCUUUAAAGAGUCCUUCUGGCUUAAGCGUCUCUUGUUCAACAAUGAUGCAAAGUUCUUCUCCCUCCAUCUGGAACUGCUGGAAGACUUCCUACUUCAAAUGCUGCGGCAGCAAGCCGAUCGCAAAUUGAAUGUUCGCAGCGAUCCCAGAGAAUUUUACAAGAACCUGAAUGACUAUUUAUGUGAAAUCCCAGCGGACGUAAAACUGGCCUUCAUAAAACUCAUUUGUCGCAAAUUGCCCGCCAUCGAUGUGGAUCUCGAUACAUGGCCCCCUUCGGAGCGGGAAAGCCAACUCCUCCCAUACUGGAAAGUGGAGAUCCUGCAACGUCUGCCGACGUCUGAUGCAAAAUGGCUUUUCAGUCGCAUGUUGGCGAUCCACGGUUGCGAGGAGUUUCUUCCAGACCCGGACUACGCCUCUCCGAAUGGAAACCGAAUGACAUGGACAGAACAGUGCUUGUUGAAGAUAGACUGGGAAACCGACGAGGACGCCAGUGGUCAGCUCCCUGUUGCCCGUACAGUGCUGGCGGAGUCGAAACGUCGGGCAACGCGGGAACGAGACCCUCAAGGAAGAUUGGCCUGGGCCAACGCCACUCUGCAAUUCGCGAUCGCGAGCAAGUCCUUGGAUAUCUUUCAAGAAACUGUGGAAUGGAGCAAGCGAUUCCUUCGAGAUCCAGUUGUCUUUCCGGGACUAUUGGAUAUCCUUUUCAGCAGGAAGACGGCGCCCAUCCUUUCCUGCACGGGCAUUCCAGUCCCGAGAAGGCCAAAAACUCUUUCCGAAAUUAAAGCAGUUGUGGAGCAGAGUAACGAGAUUCUCCGGUUGUACCUGGACAUCGUACACCGUAUUGUCCGCGAGCCGCAUUACCAGAAGAGUUUGACCAGCGGCAUCCCCUAUCUCUUUAGCGGAAUAAUAUCCCAGAGAAUCGAGAAUUUUGAGAAUUUUGAUAUGGCUAGUCAAGGCACUGAACUCGAACGCGUCGACGCCCUGUUUUACUCUCUGCUACCUAUUAUUCUCGAAUUUGAGGGCCUGGCAAACAACGAGGACACCAAUAAGUUCACUUGGAGCGGCUUUGGUGGUGCAGUUUCUCGGAUUGACCGCCUUUAUGACGUGCACGAAGCUAUUGUUCCAUUCCUGGAUCGUAUGGCGUACGAACGGAAUCAGUUCUGGGUCAAGAAAAGGAGGGAUGACGACCCCAAAAUCAUGGAUUUACCCCUAGCCUUCCCGCAAGGCCUUCCCCUGGAAUAUCUCCUCCCUGGUCUGGAACUGACCCACCUUGCCAACGAGUAUCCGAACGAAAUGUAUUACGUGGGCUCCAGGCUUGCUGAGGUUCUGGUGCCUCAGACGGGCGUGAUGCUAAGCGUCGUCCCUGCCAGUGUUGCUAAGAAGAAUUACCCCAUUGACAGUCUUGCUUACGCAAUACAAGCCGUCAUAGAAGAUCCCUCCGUUGCAGUGAAGGAAAUGGAGCUCUUGCAGAUCUGGAAAAGAUACUCUGAUGCCUUGCGCCGCCAUCCAGAUCAGUUGGAGAUCUUCAAGGAAUGGCUUGCUGACUUGGCCCGUCGAGAACGCUUAUGGAACGCGGCCAAUAUAAUCGACCCACCGCUGCCUCCGACAAAGUUUUCGAUAUCCACAUAUUUUGAACAACGUUCUGAUCUUGAUAAUGUGGUCGAAUGGKAUCCUCUGCCGGUACCUGCUCCUGUGGACAGCUCAAGCACGGAAACUGAGUCAGAGGAGAAGAAGGUUGAACACACGAUCCUCAUCUGCCGCAUGGAUGCCGCAGAUCGAAUCAUCAGGAAAAAGAUUCAGCCUGAGGAGGAUCCGUUGCGGAUUUGGUCUCACACUGGCUGCUCUGUGCCGCUCCUAGAGCGUGAAACUGUCGCGCUUUCUGCACUCUUGUACCUCGACACUCUCAAUCAGCAGACGAAGCGAAUUCUACGCCGUCCCUGGCCGGAAAAUGUCUCCUCGCCUCGCUACCCCGCCAUCUUCCUCGCAGACGAGUUUCUGACUGCGUUUGAAACGAGAGGCAACAGGGCCAUCUAUGCAGCGACAAAUGCUCUGAAGAAAUGCGUAAAGUUCGUUUCCGCGCAACUACUCCGUGAUGUUGUCGUCUCGUUGCUCGAGAUGCUCACGGAAAAUCCGGACAAAAAUCAACCAAACUACUCCACAAUCCUAUCGGUCACGAUGAACUUGAUCAAGCUGCUGCAAGAGACAGACCAGCCUCAACUGGCUAUCGAUGUUGUGCUCCGAAUCCUCAAGUUUUUCCCAGACGCAUCAUCGUACCAUCGGCAAAUGAGACUGUCGACGCUGGGGGCACGACUCCUGCCGCAGGACGCCUCCCUAAUGGUCAACAGGUUCGCCAGCUUCGUCUGCAAAGUCGGUAAACCUGAGGCCGGACAGUCCGAUGGUCUUGGUUCAUCGACAAAGAACCCGCCCUAUGUUAAGAUCACGACAAUCAAGAUGCUCGCCCAACUCCUCGCCGACGCAGCCUUUGUCGAUAUAUCCACCUGUAUUCGCAUACUUCAAAAUAUCUUCGAUUCAAAUAGCCACAUUGAUGUCCGCACUGAAGUUGUCAUGGCAGUUCUGCGACGGUUCCACCGCGUGGCAGACGUCACGCCGGUAUUUACUGUACUCGCCUCCAUGGCGAGCGCCGCUUCUGGCCCGAGCGAACGAGAAACUAUAUCGGAGGCCGACUGGCUUGCCGCCGAAAAUGGAGAGAGACCUCUUCCAGAAGUCGCCCCCGUAUGCGAUCGCCCCUUGUUCGGUUGCUUCCUCAGAACCGCUUCCUACUUCCCUAAACAGUCCCGCAAAGAAUAUGUGCACAAGGUACUCCUCCCGCUAUUGGAAGAAUCAGCUCGGCAGCACACUCGCUGGAUUCGAUGUUUCCUGUCACAAGUCCACCUUACUCCUGAAGAAGACAAUGCCAUCACGUCCCUCAGUAAGAUCUGGACCUUUGAUCCAUCCGCCGUCGGCUCCCUCUUCAAUACCUGGAGACAAUAUCUCCCAAAAUCUUACCUUCGCCAACACAGGUGCUGGGCCCUCGCUUACAUCCAGUACCCUUACGUGGAAACGAUAAACAAGAAGCUUUCUGCGAAAAAUAAGGGGUGGCGGGGCAGCGCGGAGGGAAAGCACUGGCUCACUCUAGAGUCGCACCUGCGUAGCCGCAGGCCCUUCGCCGCAAUAGACAAAGGUAUCGCUGCGGGGGGACAAACGCAGGUGGAGGGUGACAUAACAGCCUCCGAUCUCGUGGACGAGUACAUCUAUCGCGCGGGAGUAGUGACUCGGCACCCGGUGAGAUUUGAUGAGAAGCUCGGUCGGUUCGUCGUUUCCGUAGAAACGAGUUUGGAGUCAUUGAAGAUUUUGAAGGGAAGGAUGAGGUGUGUAUCUGAUCCUGGGAGGUAUGACUUGCUGCAGGGCAUGAUGGAGCGGAUUGUCGCGGAUAUCGAGUCGUUGAGGACGGCACAGUGGAUGGAAGAUCCAUACAGGUCGCCUGCUAUCCUGCCGUCGAGGUUGGCAAUCGAGGUGCUGCUUCUGCCGUCGCCGACAUACAAUCCUCGCACAAACCAUCCGGGAAUGGAGUUCGGGAGGAGACUUAUGGACCUUCUGAAAAAGUUUGCCGACAAUCCUCUGUUGCUGGUUGAGUUUGACGCUGUCAAGGCGCAGUUGGACGAAGUGAAAAAGAAGGACCUCGAAUCCUUUGCCCUUCUCUUUGGGAACGAUGGCGAGGAAGACCAGGAAACACUGUAUCGGCGCUUGAAAGUAGACAUUGCCCGGCGCACUUUGGAGAAGAUCAAGUCAGGGGAUCUGCGGCAGAACGAACAGUUGAUGGCAAUGAUCCGCAGGUGGAAGGCGAGCAGCAGUGACUGGGUGAGACAKGUCGGAUGGAGUUUUGAUGGAACUUUCUGA